AUAACUGAACCUCUCCCUCUCUACGUAAUCCUACGUUAACUUCGGCAGUAGAAAGUUUUGGGGCGAAAACGUAGCCCUGUCUGUGUGGAAUGGAUGUAUGUUAAUCGGCCUUUGGAAGAAAAUAACUUGACAUUUUGGCUUGAUAAAUGGAUUUUAACAAAGUUUGUGUCGCUGUAGAAUUGUAUAGCCCAUUGAAGUGCAGAAGCUUUUGUUCCAACUUUCGUUUUUAACUUGUGGCGUUCUGAUUUUUCUCGGACCAAAAGAGACAUUGGGGGAGAACCGUAUUUACCGGUGACAGUUUUCAAGGGAAAGGGAAAACAAGCGGAUUUUAUGCUAAAGAAAAGCAGAAACUCCCCAGGAGAAAUGAGAGUGUAAUUUUGACCUUUGUCUAUGUCGAGCAAUACUUUUUAAGGCAUUUGUUAACCUCGUUACACAUAAGUGUAAGAAGAACAUUGGAAAGUGUACUGGUUUUGUAAAAGGUCGUAGUUUCUGAUAAUUCACCAAAAACUUUGAAAAACAUUAUGGCGAAGAAGUACGACUUCCUUUUCAAAUUAUUACUCAUCGGAGAUAGUGGAGUGGGGAAAACAUGUCUGAUUAUUCGAUUUGCUGAGGACAACUUCAACUCAACCUACAUAUCAACUAUCGGCAUCGACUUUAAAGUAAAGACGAUAGACGUGGAGGGAAAGAAAGUCAAACUGCAAGUCUGGGACACAGCAGGGCAGGAGAGGUUUAAGACCAUCACUACAGCCUACUACAGAGGAGCUAUGGGCAUCAUCCUGGUGUAUGACAUCACAGACGAGAAGUCCUACGAGAACAUUCAGAACUGGAUGAAGAGCAUCAAGGAGAAUGCAUCAGCGGGGGUCAGCCGGAUGUUGCUAGCUAACAAGUGUGACAUUGAGGCCAAGAGGAAGGUAUCCAAGGAAACGGGGGAAAAGCUGGCAAAGGAUCAUGGGAUCAGAUUCUUUGAGACCAGUGCAAAGGCCAGCAUCAAUGUUGAUGAGUCUUUUAUGGCUUUGGCUCGAGAUAUUCUACUGAAGUCCAGCAAGAAGCAGGGCCCCACAGGUCGCGAGGUCAAAAUCACCAACGCUGAGAAGAAAUCUUCCAAAUGUCUCCUACUGUAGAGGCAGAGCUGGCCUGUCCUGGCUGACUCUUUGUUGCCCGAGGGAACUAUCACAUAUAGGAACAAUAUUAUUGCAAAGGAAAGGGUUUCAAAGGCGCAAUCCACAAGUUCUCUGUCCCCUGUGGCAACAAGAUCAAUUUCAAACACUAUUGACUUGAAAAAAUAUAAAUGUCUUCAUUUACUUCUCCCUCCCCUUUAAAAAGUGCUAACUACACUUUUUUUUGACCAGAAAGCAAACUUCUGGAUUGCACUUUUAAUGACCAUGUAACUAUGUUGAGGUGGUCCAAGGGCAUUUUACAGAGGAAUAUCCAGUGGUUUGUUUAAACAAUAGGAUGAACACCACCUUGAUUUCACCCAAAACAUGUUUUGUAUCAACUGUCUUCAAUCUCCUGCAAUGGCUUUGUUGUCUUGGUGACUGACUGAUUGACAUGGUAUGUUUACACUCCACCAGAGCCAUACAGAGUUAAGGAAAAUAUCUUCCAUGUUGGCUCCACAUGUUCCAUGAGACAACAUUCCAAAAUGAAUUCCUUCUACAAUGAUCUGUUGAACUAGAUUUUUUGGAACCAACAUGGUGGUCAAUCAAAUUCUAAAUCCCAAACUGAGUUUGCUGAACUCUGUAAUCCCAUGGCUCUGGACUUCACACUGUACAGUAGUGGUGCACAGCUCCUUAAUGGAACAAGAGUCUGCUGUGUUUCAUUCUAUCUCUCUAUUUCAGAGGAAUUAUUUUUCCUUGAUUAACCAGGAACAUUAACAAGUGACCUUUCAGUCAAACUACCAAUCACAUUCUUGCUUUUUGAUUGAACAGUUGAUGUAACAGUAGAUUGUCUCGAGAGUGUAAUCACUGGGCUCCUCGGAUGGAAAUGAGUUCCUGAUGGAGAGACGAGGUCAAAAAGCAGCAGGUAGUACUGUAACAUUAAAGGUAACUACUACCAUAAUGGGGACCCUAGAGGACCUGAGUUGUGCACCGCUGCCAUAGAAUCACUUUUCAGUGUCAUAGCCAAAGAAUGUACAUUAGGACAACACACAGACAUUCCUUUCCAUUUGUUUUAUUUCUAUGUUCAUAGCAGCUCAUAGCUGUUUAGGAGGAGCACAGGGGGCAUUCUAGAGCAUGACGGGAGUUUAGAUCUAUAUGCUGUAACUAUGAUGAUGGUACCUUAUGCUCUUAAAGGGAUAGUUCACCCUGAAUUGUAAUUUUGCCUGUGUUUUCCACACUACGUAAAGAUGAGUGAUCUGG